CCCACCAACCAAACACACACAGGUGAAAAAACCUCUCUCCCUCUCGCACGCCCUCUCCUCUCGGUCGCCGCCACAGCAGCCCCGAUCCACGCCGCUGCCGCCAGACGCGCCCUUCUCCUCCCUCGCACGCCGCACGCCUCACCCUCACCGCCACCCCGCCGCCGCCGAUCUACACACUCGCCGCCCCCGCCUCCGCUCCCACACGCCCUUCUCGCCCCUCGCGCACCGAUCUCCGCUGUAGUUCUCCGCGCCGCCCCCGCUCUCCACCGCCCGAACACAGUCGCUCGCCUCGCCGGUCUCCACUCCGCCUCGUCAUCCACUUCCACUCGCCCACCGCCGAAAGGUCAGCGUCACUGGAAUUUAGGCUUUCAAUAAAGAUCUCCUAAGGCAUAUCAAGGCUCACGGGCAAGGGAUCUCCCUCACAGAUUCUUCAAGGAGGAGGGACUGCAUACUCAGUAUUGCCGUAGCGUGGUGCCGCCGCCCAUCCUUGAGUAUCCACCGUCACCGACUACCCUUCUCUGAGCGGGUGCAAAUCCUGCCAAUUGACCCCAUCUCAGGAGAACGUAGAGCCAUGCGGUUCCGUGUAGUAUUCCUGUAGUCCACUCCUGCAAUCCACCCGCCCUCUGUUUUGUCAAACUUCUCAUCUCCCCUUCCCUUCCGCCGCCAUGCUGCCGGCCGGUAGCCUCACCGACAAGCAGCUCCACUUCUUCGACGCCAAUGGGUACCUUGUGCUGGGGUCGUUCUCGAGCGCGGAGGAGGUGAAGGCAAUGAGGGACCGCAUGGCGGUGCUCAUCGACGGCUUUGACGGCGCUGGCGACGUCUUCUCCACAAAGGAUCAUCGGCAGGUGAAGAAUGACUUUUUCUUCAAGAGUGCGGAGAAUAUCUCUUUCUUCUUUGAGGAAAAGGCAUUUGGAGAUGAUGGAUGCUUGAAACAGGCAAAGGAACUUUCAAUUAAUAAAGUUGGGCACGCGUUACAUGAACUUGACCCUGUGUUCAAAAAGUUCUCUUUUGGAGAGAAUGUUUCCAGCCUAUUCUCUUCUUUACGCUACAAAAGACCUGCAGUUAUUCAAUCUAUGUACAUCUUUAAGCAACCAGGCAUUGGUGGCGAGGUGGUGCCACACCAGGAUAAUACAUUCCUAUAUACAAACCCUCCAUCAUGCACAGGGUUGUGGCUUGCACUCGAAGAUGCGACAAAAACGAAUGGUUGCCUAUGGGCAAUUCCUGGAUCACAUAAAAAUGGUCUGAAAAGGCGAAUGAUCAGAGAUGAAAAUGAUACUCAUUUUGAUCAUCCUUCGCCAACCUAUGAUCUGAAAGAAUUUGUGCCAUUAGAAGUAAAGUCAGGUGAUUUGGUGGUUAUUCAUGGAGAUCUUGUACACCAGAGCUUUGAAAAUCUUUCUCUGGUGUCAAGACAUGCACUGAGCUUACAUGUAAUUGAUACCGAAGGAUGUGAAUGGUCCAAACAAAACUGGUUACAAAGGAAAAUCCCACCUCAGCCACUUUAUGAAAAUUAGUACAAGCAGUUACCUAUGUGUCAAAUAAACGAGUGAUGACCUAGAAGCAAUGGUCAGACAAUGUAAAUACCUUGCUACUCUGUUUUCAUGGAUGUUUUUUAUGGCAAUAAAUUUGGUGUACGAUGUUGAGUAGCUAUGCUUUUUUCCCCGUCUUCAGACACCAAGUCACACAACUACGUUGCUACUCUGUUUCCAGGGGUGGUAUUUAUGCCUAAUAAAAUCUAUCUCCAGUUCUUAAUGUUACCAAA